AUCAUUUUGUGAAAAUUUAAUUUUUUUUUUUAAAUUUUAUAAUAUUAUCAAAAAUCACUUUGAAGUAGCCGGCUUAUGGCCGUACCGAAGGAUUUUUUUAUCAUUUUAUUUCAUUUAUUGCAAUAUUUGAAAGUCACAUUUGGUCAAUAAUAUUAAUACAUCCAUAUCAACACUAACAGUAAAUAUUGCAGAAUUUAACAAAUUAUGUAUGAUUACAAAACAUACUUAAAGUAAAAAUUGUGGACCUCAGCCAAAAAGUGAUAUAAAAUAUAUAUAUUCAGAAACAUAGGGUCAUAUUUUACGCAGCUCCGGGGUAUAUCGAAAAGCUAUUUCACAUAACAUUUUGUGUCUUAAUAGCUGUUUUUUGGACACAUCCAUCCGUUACCGAAAUAACUGCAAUUACCAUUAUCGAAAUAGUCCAAAUUAUCUUUUAACCGUUUCGAAUCGGCGCCAACCUUGAUUAUAAUCGAUAUACAUACAUAUUUAAAAACUAAUUUCACUUUCAGAAAAAUUUAGACAUACAUUUUUUUUAAAAUGAUUUGUGAACCAAUCUUGCCUCAACUAAUUGAUUUAGAGUAUAUAAAGAAGUCACUUGAAACCACUAAAAUUGUUGAGGAGAAAGCUCAAGAUCAUGCAACUGUUGAACAUAAAGUGUCAUAUGAACAAAAAGAUUACAAUAUGCUUCCAUUAUUUAAAGAUCAAUUUAAUCACUUAAAUGAUGUUCUUUCGUUGCUCUCCAAUGAUUAUUUGGCUUGCCGUUGGAAUAAAUUUUUGGAUAAUUUGCCUGAGAAAUACAUACGAAUACGUUUAUACAUGGAUUACAAACAAACAUUGGAAACUCGUGAAGUUCGACGCAAAUUAUUGAAUGGAAAUUUUUAUGGUGUUAAUAAUAAACUUGCCCCAAUUCCACAGUUAAGUGAUCCUAGGACAAUGAAAAUUAAUCAAAAGUAAAAUACUGACAUGU